AUGGACUAUCAAGAUCGGCCAAAACUGUCCGCUGAAGCAGACCGAGAAGUGACGCGACUCUGGAGAACAUGGCGAACGGUCUUGGAGAUGUUGGUCGAUCGAGGCUAUGCAAUCGCAGAAGCUGAGGUGACCAUCUCGCGUGAACACUUUCAAAAGAAGAUGUGUGAUCCUCAGACUGGCCACGCAGAACGGCGGAUGAUGAGACUGCAAGCAUACCCUACCGAAGAGAUGAUCAAACGCGAUACACCCCGACCAACAAAAACGAAACCCGACCCACAAACCACCGCAGGCACCGUCUGGGUGGAAUUCAGUCCCGAGACAACAAUCGGCAUCAAACAUCUGAGAUCAUUCGCUCAUCACCUGGGCGAGAACAAGUUCACCACCGGUAUUUUUAUUACCAUCGGUCCCGUCACAGCCGCUGCUCUGCGUGCCUUUGAACCCCUCGGAGACUUGGGCAUCACAGCCGAACAUUUCCAAGAACAAGAUCUCCUCAUCAACAUUACGCGGCAUGAGCUGGUCCCCAAACACGUCCUACUCAGCGCCGAAGAGAAGAAAGUCCUCCUCGACAGAUACAGACUGAAAGAGACACAACUACCGCGCAUCCAGUUCGGUGAUCCCGUGGCUCGAUAUCUCGGUUUGAAGAGAGGAAAUGUUGUCAAGAUCAUUCGCAAGUCCGAAACGGCCGGCCGCUAUGCCAGUUACCGCUGGGUGUUCUGA